UGAACACUCUCAUGGAAGUAAAGAAAACUCAUUAUGAUGUCUUAGGAUUAGAGCCAUUUAGUGAAGCUUCAGCCAUUCGAAAGAAAUACCGAGAGUUGGCACUACUUCAUCACCCUGACAAGUCACAAUCAUCUGAAGAAUUCUUACCAAUCCAGGAUUCAUACACAUAUCUUCGAGACCAUAAGGAAGAAUAUGACCGAGACUUGAGAAAUGAUAUGCUAGCAGCUUAUUCAGUUGAGCAAGAAGCUGAUGAAAUUGAUGAUUAUGACAUAACUGUCGAAGAUUCGAUACAAUUUGUGACAUUUGAAUGCACACAGUGAUGCAGUGAGAUUUCAAAGGAAACUAAUCCUUCAAGUCUUUACAAUUGUGACAUCUGCUCUAAAUUUUACAUUAUCAAAUAA